AGUACUGUUGGUACUGUCAGUUGUCUUACGUGCAUAUUUGUAUCAUAUCAAGUGUAACGACGUGAUAGGUUAUGUUUUUUAGUCAUCUACUCCCAAAAAUGUCACGUUUGAUACGAUUAACUGUCAGUCGUCGCUUUCACUGCACAAUAUUAUGUUGAUAGUCCGCAGUACAUAGAGAAGAAAUUAACGUGAUUCCUUCACCCGAGACAUGUGCAAUGUUAAAGCAUGGUUAUCACUCCGCGAAAGAUGAAACAGGUUGCCUUCUCCGUGAUUUGUGUAAUACUAGUGUUAGGAUUCUAUAAGACAUUAGUUAGCCCAGAAGAAGAACAGUCUUUUCCCAGAGUUCAUCCACGGAACCAUAAAUCUCAUGUGGUUGAUACAAAUGAUAUUGAAUCUGAAAAUCAAAGGGUACAAGAUAUUGAAGUAGAUGCACCUUAUGCGGACAUUAAAGAUAUCGAAGAAAGAAUCUUGGUCACAGGUGGAGCAGGCUUUGUUGGGUCACAUUUGGUUGACCGUUUAAUGUUGGCUGGCCAUGAAGUAACAGUUGUAGAUAACUUCUUCACUGGAAGAAAACGCAAUGUUGAACAUUGGGUUGGUCAUGAGAACUUUGAGCUUGUUCACCAUGACAUUGUUAGACCUCUCUAUUUAGAAGUAGAUGAAAUAUAUCACCUUGCCAGCCCAGCUAGUCCACCACACUACAUGCUUAAUCCAGUGAAAACAAUAAAAACGAAUACUUUAGGGACGAUAAAUAUAUUAGGUCUUGCGAAACGAGUAGGAGCAAGAGUUUUAAUAGCUAGUACCUCUGAAGUGUACGGAGAUCCUAAUGAACAUCCUCAAACAGAAACUUACUGGGGCCAUGUGAAUCCUAUAGGUCCAAGAGCUUGUUACGACGAAGGAAAGCGCGUGGCUGAAACACUGAGUUAUGCUUACAUGAGGCAGGAAGGUGUUUCAGUACGCGUUGCUCGAAUUUUUAACACAUUCGGGCCUAGGAUGCACAUGAACGAUGGCCGUGUAGUUUCAAACUUCAUUUUACAAGCACUACAAAAUGAUUCGAUUACGAUAUAUGGAAGCGGAAAGCAGACGCGUUCAUUUCAAUACGUGUCUGAUCUAGUCGAUGGAUUAGUAGCUUUGAUGGCUUCUAAUUACACUCAACCUAUUAAUAUUGGAAACCCUGUAGAGCAUACAAUAGAAGAAUUUGCACUGAUAAUAAAAGAUUUAGUUGGUACAAAGAGUAAAAUAGUCGAGCUUGCCGCGGUCGAGGAUGAUCCUCAAAGAAGAAGACCAGAUAUAACGAGAGCUAAGAUAUAUUUGAAUUGGGAGCCAAAGAUCCCUUUAGCCGAAGGGCUUAAGAAAACGAUAUUGUACUUCGCUAAAGAGUUGCAGAGAACGAAACACUCGCAAAAAACUAGUUUUAUGCAGCCUUCUUAUAAGAACGAUCAUGACAUAGUAGAACAACUAUAGAAGACAGAACGUUAACACGAAUAAUUUAUCCACUUCUAACAGUGACUUGAAAGUGCCAUUAAGCUAUGGACCAGUAUGUGCCAAAAUAUCCCCCGUCCAAAUUGAAUUCUGUAUAAUUUUUUAUAUUAACGGGUACAUGAUAUUCAUUUUUAACAAAUAAAAAUACAUGUUUAAUUUUAUUUCAGCUUUACGACAACUAUGUUUAUUAAGUUCUGUGCACACUUUUGUUUAUUGUUGACUGCAAGUAUUUAUUUCAAAGGGCCACACCGUUACUUAUUUCGCGACGGAAUGGAAAAUUAUAAUCGUGUUUCUAACAGGUAUCUUUUAUGUAGAAAUAUCUAGAUCGCGUAACGCUCACCAUUGUUUGUUAUAGAUCAGAAACUUGUACGAUCAGUCGACGGUGCUGAUGAAAGCUAUUCAUGUUCUUUCUUCUCUACGAUUUACUAGGGUAAACUAUACGAACCUUAAUAUAUCGAGUUGAUUUUACUUAAUAUUUCUAUAUAAUCGAUUUUCCUCCGACUGUACCAUGUUCAUCGUCUUUUAUCGGACUUCUUUAACGUGUAUCAUAGCAACGUAAUCAAUGUGCACUUGUGCAAAUUAGUCAAUUUUCAAAGAGUGUUUCUGCCAUCGAAUUUUUUAUCAUAGAAACAGAGGCGUUCACUCGAAGUUCUCGUUCUGUGAAACGGGAAUCCCGAACAUUUGUAUGAUAAUAGUGCUCGUAAUUGUGUGAUAUAUAUUGUAUACAUACACGGUAUACGUAAUUCGUACUGUAAUAUUCGAGAGCGUGUAAACAGGAAAGUAAUUUUAUACUUUACGAACAACUGUACACGGAUAAGCGAGUAAACAGCUUUGUAAAGACGCCUUGUCAUCGUAGCAACUGUAUUGCGUUUAAUUUAUAUAUAAAUAAUCUGGCGGGGUUGAGACUCUUGUCCGCUUAUGUAGAUAUACAAUAUAUAAAAUGAAUGUUUAC